UUACCUUUGACCAUCAACUUGACAGAUAUCAGCCGUGUUAGAGGAGUGUCCGCCAUGAGUGUAUCCUUUGAGCUUCAAGAUGAGCUACAGGCACUUCAGGACAUCGCAAACUACGAUAUCCCAAACGAACAGGAUCCCAACAGUAACGAUCCCGGCCCCUUAUUGCAACAGGCUGUUGGAGCAAUUGCUCAUUCAUCCGAAGAAAUAACUGAUCCAGAGAUAUUUGAUAUAUUCCGAAGUCUUCUCAAGCAUUCCGAUGCAGUCGCUGGUGCUUAUAUGAGCAAGAUGCUCGAUGCUCUACUUUCUGCAUUUGGGGCUCAAAUUGAUGCUGCAAUACGCGACUCGAAAGAAGAAGACCAACAGAUCGUUAUGGCUCACAAGCUGCCUUUGGAAAUGUAUGCUUUCUUAGUUAAUUGGUUUGUAGGUGCUGCAGAGAAGGUGAAGGCAAUGGGCGAGGAGGACGCUCCGCCAGCACCUGUGAAGGCGCGUCGUGGGAGGGGCGGAAAGACUGGUACCUCGAGGGCGGCGGUAAAGAAGGCGGAACAAUGGACAUGGAUCGACCAGAUCCCUGGCACUCUGGAACUCAUUUGCAAGGCGUUGAAACUGAAGACGCACCGCAUUUGGGUGACCAGCCCGGAGAGAGAUGCGUUCAUAACAUGCCUCACCCGCCCCGCGUACCAUGUGGCCGAGUCCGACCAAUACAUGAAGAUUCAAAACAUCCGCAUGCAUGUCUACAAAGUCAUUUGUCUUGCUGUAAAGCAUCACGGUCACACGCUCGCUGCGCAAAUCAACAUCAUGCAAUCCUUGCAGUACUAUGAGCACCUCUCCGAACCCAUGGCAGAAUGCCUUUCUAUCCUGGCAAAGGAGUUCGAUCACGCCCAACUUGGCGACGAGAUACUGCGCGAAAUUGCUGGAAAAUCGUUCAGUGCGCAGGACACCAAAGGUCCAAGGGCGUUCUCUCGAUUCUUGGUUAGAUUCAGCGAGGAGUCGCCGCGAUCCGUACUCAAGCAAAUCAGUCUCCUGAUUGGCCAUCUCGACUCAGAGUCUUAUCCUAUGCGCAUGGCAAUCGUUGAAGUUAUCGGCUCACUCAUUCGCGAACUCGCUACGUCGGAGGACAUGACGAAUCGGACGAAUGGCUCCAACCAGGCGGGCAAGGAGCUUGAUGGGCUGUUCGAACUCCUCCUUUCACGAACGCUUGAUCUAUCCUCUUACGUACGCUCCAAGGUCUUCGCAACACUCUCGAAGAUGCUUGAUUUGCCCUUGCGUCUUCCAGAACAACGGCUCCGGAUCACACGCGCUGCCGUUGACACGCUGGAGGAUAAGGCGAGCACAGUACGCAAGGCUGCUGUUUCGAUACUCGUUAAACUGAUUCUAACCCAUCCAUACGGGGAUAUGUAUGGAGGUGACUUAAACUUGGGAAAGUGGGAGGAACGGUAUAAUACUUGGAAGGACAAGUUGGAGGAGAUGGAAGGUGGCAUUGGGAAAGCGGUUGAGAGGGAUCAAGAUGACAAGGAAGAGGUAGAGUCAAAUGUCAACGAAGAUGAUGCUGAUGAGGACGAAGACGUGGAAAUGGAAACGGAGGACGCAGAUGCAAAUGAUGACGGCGAUGCGCCGUCAGACAACCCGAAGCCCAAAAAGAAAAAGGCAGCCCGGAAAUCCAUCGUCGAUGUCACAGCCAUUGUCUCUGAACAAGAAGCACUUGCUGCCCUGGAGACUAAUGAAAUUCUUGCCAUGAGUUUGCGCAAGAAGUACUGCACGGAGGCACUGGACUUCGUCCGUACCCUGGAAGGUGGGAUGGUGUCGCUCACGCAGCUUUUGGGGAGCACCAACAAGGCAGAAGUAUUGGAGAGUAUGGAGUUUUUCAGAGUCGCAUUUGAGUACCAGCUUGCCAGUGCCGAGAAGGGCAUCAAACGGAUGCUACAUCUUAUAUGGCACAAGGAUAACAGCUCAACGUCGGAGGACGGGAAGGAGCUGAAGGGGGUGCGGUCGAGGCUCCUCGAAUGCUACCGUAUGCUGUACUUUGACCCUCUACCCGACAUGGAACCCAAGCAGCAAGUGAACCGUAUUGCCAAAAACAUGAUUGAAUUGACAUACGAAGCAACGCUUGCAGAGCUUACUAGCUUAGAAGAGAUGAUGCGUAUCAUGAUGGAAGAUGGCCAGAUUCAUUAUGAUGUGAUCAAUAAGUUGUGGCAGGUUUACAGCGCUCCUCAAGCUUUGCCCCGCUCUCAGCGUCGUGGUGCAAUCAUUAUCCUUGGAAUGUUGGCACUUUCGAAACGCACCAUCAUUUCUGAAAAGGUCGAUACAUUGUUGAAGAUCGGUCUUGGACCAUUCGGCAAGGCCGAUCUUACCCUUGCAAGAUACACGAGUCUUGCCCUGCAGCGCUUGAACGGCAGUGCAAAGAAGGUCAAAGGAUCUCUUCUCGAUAAAUCUCUUCGCAUGGAAAUGGAGAACCCCAUUUUUCGUAAGUUGCAAAGCACCAUAGAGCACCCCUGUCGAUCGAAAGACUGGUUCGGCAUGGCCGAACAAGCGAUCAACACUAUCUACGCCCUAGGAGAGCACCCCGACGAGCUUUGUAAUAACCUUAUAAAGAACCUUACCCGGAGGGCAUUUACCAAGCGGCAAAAUCCGGAGGAGCCUCCAUCCGAGCCAGACACAGAGACGAUGGAGGUGGAUCGAGAGAUGGAACCCCCGGAAGCAGCCUCGCACGCGCCCUCUAGUACACAUAUCUCGACCCAACAGUCGAGCAUGUGCGAGGAAAAAGAUCUUGGAGAUGUCUUCCAUCUCAGUCAGCUGCUUUUCGUCGUAGGCCAUGUGGCCAUCAAGCACAUCGUGUUUUUGGAGCUAGUGGAAAGGGAGUGGAAGCGGCAAAAGGAUGAGAAACAGCUCGCGGAAAAGCUUGCAACUGGGGGCUCACCCAACAGAGCCAAUAAAGAGACCGAAGAGCUUGACCAAGUUGCCGGCAAUGCAGAGGACGAGAUUGGUGAACGGAUAGCUGCCGUUCGCGAAACCGAGUUGCUCUAUGGAGAGCAGUCGUUGCUGAAGUUGUACGGACCGUUGCUGGUCCACGUGUGCGGUAGUCCACAUAAAUUUAAGAAUCGCACACUCCGUGCCGCUGCAACCCUCUCGUUUAGCAAGUUCCUUUGCGUCAGCUCACAAUUUUGUGAUCAGCACCAUCAUCUCCUCUUCAAGAUCCUUGAGACCUCGAGAGACCCAAAUAUCCGUAGUAACAUUGUCAUUGCUCUCGGCGAUGUAGCAGUCUCGUUCAGCAACAUCAUCGACGAGAACAGCAAUGAGUUAUAUAAAGGCCUUUCUGAUGGAGAUCUUGUCGUAAAGAAGAACACGCUGAUGGUGCUCACGCACUUGAUCCUCAACGGGAUGAUCAAAGUGAAAGGUCAGCUAGGCGAGAUGGCCAAGUGUCUAGAGGACGAGGAGCCACGGAUAUCCGACCUUGCGAAGCUGUUUUUCACGGAGCUGUCGACGAAGGACAAUGCGAUCUACAACAAUCUACCUGAUGUCAUCAGUCACCUGUCCACAGGUGACCACGCAGUCGAAGAGGAAAUUUUCAAAAGCACCAUGCGCUACAUCUUUUCUUUCAUUGAGAAGGAAAAGCAAGCCGAAAAUAUUGUUGAGAAGCUCUGCCAACGUUUCCGACUCUCUGAGGAUCCUCGUCAAUCGCGCGACAUUGCAUUCUGCUUGUCUCUCCUCCCAUUCAAGUCGGAGCGAUCGGUCAAAAAACUCAUUGAAGGCUUGCAGUUCUACCGCGAUAAGCUGCACGAGGAGGGCGUGUUCGACAGGUUUAGUGAGAUACUUUCAAAGGCACGCUCCAAUAAAUCGGCAAACAAGCCAGACACGGAGCUCAACGAGUUUGAAUCGAUACUCGAUGAACACCGACGCCAAGGCGAAGAGGACCAAGCCCUUGAAAAGCGAGUUGAAGGCAAGAAAGCAGCUGCGAAACGGAAAGCUACACGACGAUCAGCGCGUAAGAAAGUUGUUGAAGCUGAGCCUGAGCCAAUAUCACAAGCCCCGGUCACACGGGAUGAUGACGAUAUGUAUGUGUAAACCAAACUUUGCAUAUUCGGAGUCUCUUCUAUACAGCCAGCACGUAAACUAGUAUUUCCACAGGUAUGCCACGUUAUAAUUUGGUUAAAAAUGAAUAUUUGAAUGCCUUGCAAUUCACGAGUCGUGACAGA